AUGAUUAAACUAAAAUUUGCAGAAUAUAAAGUAAAUGAUAAUGUAAAAAGAAAUUCUAAUGAACUUGAAUCACCGAAAAAGAUCAUAGGCAGAGAUGCUCAUUGGAAGGUUCUAGUGACAAUUACUGGAACUGGAAGGCAUGAAGCAAAUGGAAUACUUUUAGAUGGUGCAGGAAGUUCUAGUUAUUUUUGUACACUUGAAGUUUCUAGUGACUUUUUUUAA